CUUUCCCCUCUCUUUCUUUCUCUCUCUUUCUCACGAUCGAUCGAAAUUGUAAAAAGCUCGCGCAGCUGCCAUCAAUGAUGGAGCAAUUUGGCAGAUAGUAUUUGACAACGAAACCCGUUCGAGCUGUUCUUAAUACACGCAGAGAGAUAUGCUCAACAGAUACUCAAUUUUUUGAUAAUGUUGGAAGUUGCGUCGGUUGCCGGAUAAUUGUUUGGAAUGGUUUUUCAAUUUUAAGAUCCAGCCUCAGUAUUGUGUAAAAUCCAUUUGGUAACUGCUUGUAUCUGUGCAGCUACAAAAGCAGCAGUUGUUUAGACAGAGGAUUGUGAAAGAAAGAUCUCUGGUUUUGAAUUUGGUAUGGAGCUUUGUAAUUGCAUUGAGCCGCCAUGGUCGGCGGAUGAACUGCUGAUGAAGUAUCAGUACAUUUCGGAUGUAUUCAUAGCAUUGGCGUAUUUCUCGAUCCCUUUGGAAUUGAUUUACUUUGUUAAGAAAUCGGCCGUGUUUCCGUAUAGAUGGGUGCUCGUGCAGUUCGGUGCAUUCAUCGUUCUUUGCGGCGCCACGCACCUGAUCAAUCUCUGGACAUUCUCAAUCCAUUCUAGGACUGUUGCAGUUGUGAUGACAACUGCAAAGAUCUUGACGGCGGUUGUCUCUUGCGCGACGGCGCUUAUGCUCGUGCACAUCAUCCCCGAUUUAUUGAGUGUCAAGACUCGGGAGCUGUUUCUGAAGAACAAGGCUGCAGAGCUCGAUAGAGAAAUGGGAUUGAUUCGAACUCAGGAAGAAACUGGAAGACAUGUGAGAAUGCUGACUCAUGAAAUCCGGAGCACUCUUGAUCGGCAUACGAUCUUGAAGACUACGCUCAUUGAGUUGGGUAGGACGUUAGGGUUAGAAGAGUGUGCGCUCUGGAUGCCGACACGGACGGGAUUAGAGCUCCAUCUCUCGUACACGCUUCGCCACCAGAACCCCGUCGAUAUUACAGUACCGAUACAGCUCCCCGAGAUCAAUCGAGUUUUCAAUACUAGCCAUGCCGUGAAAAUAUCCCCGAGUUCUCCAGUUGCUCGGCUUAGACCUGUUGGUAAAUACAUGCCUGGAGAGGUGGUUGCCGUUCGUGUGCCACUCCUGCAUUUGUCGAAUUUCCAUAUUCAUGAUUGGCCCGAACUCUCGACCAAACGGUAUGCUUUGAUGGUUUUGAUGCUCCCUUCGGAUAGUGCUCGCCAGUGGCACCUCUACGAACUUGAGCUUGUUGAAGUUGUGGCAGAUCAGGUUGCUGUUGCCCUUUCCCAUGCUGCAAUUUUGGAGGAGUCGAUGAAGGCACGAGAUCUCCUUAUGGAACAAAAUGUCGCGCUUGAUCUAGCAAGGAGAGAAGCUGAAACUGCUGUUCGUGCUCGCAACGAUUUCUUGGCUGUCAUGAAUCACGAAAUGAGGACUCCUAUGCACGCAAUAAUCGCUCUUUCAUCUUUGUUGCAAGAGACCGAGCUGUCACCCGAGCAGCGUCUGAUGGUUGAGACUGUCCUCAAGAGCAGCAACCUAUUGGCUACACUCAUCAACGACGUCCUCGAUCUUUCGAGGCUCGAAGACGGCAGCCUCCAGCUCGAGACAGGGACUUUUAGCCUUAAUUCACUCUUUAGAGAGGCUGUUGCGUUAAUAAAACCUAUAGCUGCAGUGAAGAAAUUGUAUAUUCGGCUGAGUUUGUCCCCAGAACUGCCCGAGUAUGCAAUCGGCGACGAGAAACGAAUUAUGCAAGUUCUGCUAAAUGUCAUUGGGAAUGCUGUGAAGUUCACCAAGGAGGGCGGUGUGUCGAUAUCUGUUUUUAUUGCAAACUCAGACUCAUUACGUGACCCUCGGGGAGCACCUGAUUUUUUCCCGUUACCGAGCGAUAAUCACUUCUACUUACAUGUAGAGGUGAAAGAUACGGGUUCUGGAAUUAACCCUCAAGAUAUCCCGAAGAUAUUCGUGAAAUUUGUGCAGAACCAGCCACAUGCUGCCAAAAAUUCGAGCGGGCUUGGUCUAGCUAUUUGUAAGCGGUUCGUAAAUCUCAUGGAAGGCCACAUUUGGAUAGAAAGUGAAGGCCUAGGCAAGGGUUCGACUCUUAGAUUUAUUAUUAAACUUGGAGUUCCCGGGCGUUCAUUCGAGUCUAAACUCUCGUUCAUGCAAAAAGCUGCUGGAAAUCAAACAAGGCCGAAUUUUUCCGGGCUUAAAGUUGUUGUCAUGGACGACAAUAGCGUCGGUCGGACUGUAACCAAGGGUCUCUUAUCGCACCUCGGUUGCGACGUAACAGCGGUGGCUUCCGGCGACGAGUGCAUCCGGGCGGUCACCCACGAGCACAAAGUGGUGUUCCUUGACGUCAGCAUCCCGGGCGUCGACACCUUCGAGGUUGCCAUCCGGAUUCACGAGAAGUUCUCGAAACGUGACAGGCCGAUCAUCGUCGGGCUGACGGGAAACGCAGACAGGGCGACGAAGGAGAACUGUCUGAGAGUCGGGAUGCACGGGGUGCUACUGAAGCCCGUCUCGGUGGAUAAAAUGAGAAGCGCACUUUCGGAGCUCGUCGAUCACGGAUAUCUUGUCGAACCUCAAUGACCCGAUGCUGCGAUUUGAUUUUAAGGUACGAUGUUUUCUUGCCCUGUCGUCUGAUCGAGAGAUUUAGUAUAAAUAUAGGUUGGAAGAAAAAUGCAUCGGAGGGUUUCCGGGCCGAAAGGCGUGGUCCGGUCGGGGGGGGGGGGGGGGGGGGGGGGGGGGGGGGGGGGGGGGUUGGUUAGAUCAUGUGUUGUGUGAUUUGUGAGUAAUAUUUUGUAUUGGUAAGGAAACUAACAAGAAUACGAUGAAAUUGUGUAAUGAGGAUUUGUGGAAUGCACAGGAAGAAAACACAAAAGGCUUGUGAGAGCUGUUUGAUUUUGUGUUUGUAUUUUUAUUUACACGUUGAAUUUUAGAAAAAGGAUCUCUACUCUCAAUCACUGUAUUCGUAUUUCUUUUGUAUUGUGGAAAUGAAUUGUGAUACUAAUAAUGCAAAAAUAUAAAAAAUAUACAUGUUUCGUUCA